AAGUAGAAUUUCCAGAAUUAAAUGUUGUUGAAGAGAAUGAGAAAGACUGUAAAAAAUACAAUGAGUGGAUAAGAAUAUUAAAGAAUAUGGAAGAUGAAAUGAAUAUUAAUAACCUUGAAGAUGGAAAUAAUUGGGAUCAAGUGAUACAACAUUUUGAUUGGAUUGAUGAUGCAAAAAACUUAUAUGAUAGAUGGAAUGUUUACAUUUUAGCUAAUAUAGGUGAUGAUAAUUAUUUUCAGUAUAAAAGUAAAACAGAAGAAUAUUUAGCAAUGAUAUUUGCAGAAUGGAUUAAAAUUAAUGUAGUGUCAGGAAUAAAUUUACCACCUGAUAUUCUAGAUGCAAUUGCUGGAGCUCGUAGAAAAUAA